AUGAUUUUACAGCUAAUAUUUGUUACAUUGCAACUGUAUGGCCUCACAAAUUCACACUCUUUAGCAAAUAGCUUCUUCACAAAUCCAAAUACGCAUGCGGGUUUUGUAACACGAAUCAAUCAGAAAGCUUUGGACUUGUUAGCUGAUUAUCUGAAAGAACGCGUCAAUAGGUUUAUGUAUCAUGGCGAAAUUAUCUUCAAUUUUUCUGCACCACUUACAAACGAGGUAACAUUUGGUCUCAUCUCAACAAAAGCUAUUGGUUAUGAUUCUAAAAUAUUCAAAUCAAGGUUGUUUAUUGUCCCUGGACAAGGCAUCAUUUGGAUGGGUUCUCAUCUAAAUCUCUCAAUUGGUACAUUUUUCAAAAUUUCCAGUCCUGCUGGCGACUUUUAUGGAUCUGCUGUACUUCAAAUUAACAGUGCAAAAGUGAAAUCUUUUUUUGUGGCCGCUGUUAAUGUUGAUGGCCAUCUUCGAACCGACCUACAAAAAUGUACACUAUCACCAGGCAAUGUUGUAAUGAACUUUAGUGAAACUGAUCCUUCACUUCUAGUCAAUUAUUAUCCACAAAUUAAUCGUUUCAUCAGUGAAAGAAUCGAACUGAUAAUAUGUUCAAGUUUCAAUGCUGAGCUUGUACCCGUCAUUUCGAAUCGUUUGAUGAACACUCCGAUGAGCGCAGCUCUAUUUGAUCAGUAUUUUGUGAAUUACGGCUUUAUUGAGCAAAUACAAUAUUUGCCUAAUGCAAUUGAGCUGAAGCAUCGAGGAAACACAUUCAGUAUUGUAAAACAAGGUCUUAAUAGGCUCAACGAUUUUCGAUUACCUUUUCCAUCAACACCGAUAACAUUGGAUAGUCCGGAAAACCAGGCAAUGGUUGAAUUCACAAUGUCUAACUAUACGCUAGCUAGCUUGCUCUACUGGAUGGAUCAGUAUAGGAAUUUUGAUUAUGAAAUAAGCAAAGAAAGCAUCAACAAUACACUUAUGGUCGGAUAUUUAAGAAGCGAAUGUAGCUCGAAUGAUAUUUGUGCUGGCACUCUAUUUCCCGCUUUAAGUGUUCAAUAUCCAAAUGGUAUGGUGCAAAUUAAAUCGCAUACAACCACUCCUCCGACAGUUCGUUUUGAACAGGAUAAAGGCAUAAUUGUGAUUUGGAGUCAAGUGGAUGCAUUCGUGCAACAAGGUGAACACACGAGUCCAUUCCUAACAUCCAAUAUGAUGGCCGAAUUAAAACUCGAAAAAAGCAUCUUCCAAAACUAUUCUUUCACAUCGCAGAUGCGUAUCGAUAAAUUCAAAAUCUCCGAUGUAACAAGUCUGAUCGAUGGCAUUGACAAAACUAGCCUGGAAUUCCUUGUCAGCGCUCUCAAUGAAUUGCUGAUUGGCGAUGAUGUAGCAAAGAAACUUAGUGACGGCAUAAAAUUACCGAUUUUGUUCGAUUUUGUUCAAAAAUCAGCGAAUGUUAUAUUUGAAAAGGAUCGGAUGAGAAUCGCAGUUGAUUUUUGUUUCGAUCAGAAUUGUUCUAAAAAUUCGAUUGCAGAAAGCAAUGAUUUCGAUUAUUAUGACAAUGUCAACUCAACAUCAACGUUGUCGUAA